AGGACUGUUUCCUGCUCGAAGUGUUGGAGGCCGGAGGCUUGGUUGGGUCGCUGGGAAAACCUGGAGAGGCGAAGGUCUCCAGCCAGUAACCACCAUGUCUGGAAUUGGGAACAAGCGAGUGGCGACGGAGUCUGGUCCCUCAGGGCCUCCAGAGAAGAAGGCCGGUGUUGAGGAUUCGGGGACUACCGUGGAAACCAUUAAGCUUGGUGGUGUCUCCUCAACGGAAGAACUGGACAUUCGCACCCUUCAGACCAAGAAUCGAAAGCUGGCAGAGAUGCUGGACCAGCGGCAGGCCAUCGAGGAUGAGCUACGAGAGCACAUCGAGAAGCUGGAAAGGCGGCAGGCCACAGACGACGCUUCGCUGCUGAUUGUCAAUCGCUACUGGAGUCAGUUUGAUGAGAACAUCCGCAUCAUUUUGAAACGCUACGACUUGGACCAAGGCCUCGGAGACCUCCUGUCAGAGCGGAAAGCCCUGGUGGUGCCGGAACCCGAACCGGAUUCGGACAGCAACCAGGAGCGCAAAGAUGAGAGGGAGCGAGGGGAGAUACUUGAGCCUGCGUUCUCCUUUCUGGCAACCUUGGCCAGCAGCACCAGUGAGGAGAUGGAAUCUCAGCUGCAGGAACGUGUGGAGUCUUCCCGACGUGCAGUCACGCAGAUUGUGACCAUGUACGAUAAGCUGCAGGAGAGAGUGGAUGUGCUCUCGCAGAAGCUGAACAGCGGAGAUGCGUGCCUGAUGGAGGAGGCUGUCCAAGAAUUGAAUUCCUGCCUGGUAAAUGAGAACAGGCGGCUGCAGGAACUGGCCGAUUUGCUUCAAGAAAAGCACCAUUCCAUGUCUCAAGAGUUUUCCAAAUUGCAAGGGAAAGUGGAGGCGGCAGAGUCUCGCGUGUCCGUCCUGGAGACCAUGAUUGACGACUUGCAGUGGGACAUUGACAAGAUCCGCAAGCGGGAGCAACGGCUCAACAGGCACCUGGCGGACGUCCUGGAACGAGUGAAUUCAAAAGGCUACAAGGUGUAUGGAGCAGGGAGCAGUCUGUACGGGGGUACGAUCACAAUCAACUCUCGGAAGUUUGAAGAGAUGAACGCGGAACUUGAGGAAAACAAGGAGCUUGCCCAGAACCGCUUGAGCGAACUGGAGAAGUUGCGUCAGGAUCUCGAGGAGGUGACAACUCAGAAUGACAAGUUAAAGGUGGACCUGAGGCGGGCAGUGGAAGAGGUGGUGAAGGAAACCCCAGAAUACCGCUGCAUGCAGUCCCAGUUCUCCGUCUUGUAUAACGAGAGCCUCCAACUCAAGUCGCAACUGGACGAGGCCCGCACUCUGCUUCACGGCACCCGAAGUACCCACCAGCGCCAGGUGGAACUCAUCGAGCGGGACGAAGUCAGCCUGCACAAGAAAUUGCGCACGGAGGUUAUUCAGCUGGAGGACACCCUCGCUCAGGUCCGCAAGGAGUACGAGAUGCUGCGGAUUGAGUUUGAACAGACCCUGGCGGCCAAUGAGCAAGCAGGCCCCAUCAAUCGGGAGAUGCGCCACCUCAUCAGCAGCCUCCAGAACCACAACCACUUGCUGAAAGGGGAAGUGUUGAGAUACAAACGGAAGCUGCGGGAGGCUCAGUCUGACUUGAGCAAGACCCGAUCCCGCAGUGGUAGCGCCCUCCUGCACUCCCAGUCCAGUACCGAGGACGCCAAGGAGGAGCCGCCGGAGAUCAAGCAGGAGCCUGAUGAUCCUCAGGCCGCAACUUCCAAGGGCCCUGCUGAGGAUGCCCCUGAAACCAAGGCGAAACGGGAUGAAGAGGAACGGGAGAGGCGGGAGAAGGAGAAAGAGAAGGAGCGCGAGCGAGAGAAAGAGAAAGAGAAAGAAAGGGAGCGGGAGAAGCAGAAGCAGAAGGAGUCGGAGAAGGAGAAGGAGUCCACCAAAGAGAAGGACAAAGGGAAGCACGAGGAUGGGAGGAAAAAGGAAGCAGAGCUGGUCAAGCAAUUGAAAGCUGAUCUGAAGAAGGCCCAAGAAAGCCAGAAAGAGAUGAAGCUGUUGUUAGAUAUGUAUCGUUCCGCCCCAAAGGAGCAGAGAGACAAAGUUCAGCUGAUGGCUGCGGAGAAAAAGGCCAAAGCUGAGCUGGAGGAGCUGAGGCAAAGAGUGAAGGAACUGGAGGACAAGGAGAAAAAAGAGAGCAAAAAGAUGGCCGACGAGGAUGCGCUCAGGAAGAUCCGGGCGGUGGAGGAACAGAUAGAAUACUUGCAGAAGAAACUAGCCAUGGCUAAGCAGGAGGAAGAGGCGCUGCUCUCCGAGAUGGACGUGACUGGCCAAGCCUUUGAGGACAUGCAGGAGCAGAACAUCCGCCUGAUGCAGCAGCUGAGGGAGAAGGACGAUGCCAACUUCAAGCUCAUGUCGGAACGCAUCAAGUCCAACCAGAUUCACAAGCUGCUAAAGGAAGAGAAGGAGGAGCUGGCGGACCAGGUUCUUACCCUGAAGACACAGGUGGAUGCCCAGUUACAGGUCGUGCGUAAGCUAGAGGAGAAAGAGCAUCUCCUGCAGAGCAACAUUGGCACUGGAGAAAAGGAGCUGGGGCUUCGGACCCAGGCCCUGGAGAUGAACAAGCGUAAGGCUAUGGAAGCAGCUCAGCUUGCCGAGGACCUUCGGGCGCAGUUGGAGCUGGCCCAGAAGAAGCUGCAUGACUUCCAGGACGAGAUUGUGGAGAACAGCGUGACCAAGGAGAAGGACAUGUUCAACUUCAAGCGAGCCCAGGAAGACAUCUCGAGGUUACGAAGGAAACUGGAGACCACCAAGAAGCCUGACAUGGUGCCCAACUGUGAUGAGAUCCUGAUGGAGGAGAUCAAAGAUUACAAGGCCCGCCUGACCUGCCCCUGCUGCAACAUGCGCAAGAAGGACGCCGUGCUCACCAAGUGCUUCCACGUCUUCUGCUUCGAGUGCGUGAAGACGCGCUACGACACCCGGCAGCGCAAGUGUCCCAAGUGCAACGCCGCUUUCGGGGCCAAUGACUUCCACCGCAUCUACAUCGGCUGAGCCGGGCCGCGUCAGGCCGAAGGGACCGCUCUGCUGCCGACCCCCGUGCUUCUCCCUCGUUAGCAGGCUGGAUACUGCUUCUCCCUGUCAGCUCCUCCUCUGUUUUUUUUUAAAAGGCAAAUCUCCUUUGGAUAGAGAACUCAAUAGGUUUAUUUUAUUUUGUUCUCUUGCUUUUUUUCUUUAGGUCCGCCCCCCCCCUUUUUUUGGCUUUUUUUUAAGCACUGCCGUACUCCCCAAACCAGUCUCCGUUUCUUGCUUUUGGGAUGACCCACUGCGGCGAAAUGGGUCUCCGCUCAGUGGCUGACACGAACCGGCCUGUGACUAAACAAGGCAGCAGCUUUAAAACUGGGGAAUUGGCUUGGGGUAGUUUUGAAGAGGGUUCCUGUUCUUUUAUUUCUCCCCCCAUCUUUUUUUUCCCUAAUAAAAGAGAAAGCUCUU